AUGAGACUGCUCUACCUCGCAACCCUAGCGACUCUGCUCGCUCAAUCCAUCUUCGCAGCCCCAGCUCCAGCCCCAGCGCUCUACGGCCGCCCUAUCGAAGCAAGAACCCUCAACAUCCUCGAAACAACCACCAAACACCGCCUCUCCAUCCCCAUCAUCGAUGGGACAAACCCCAAAUACAAAUAUGCCUUCUACAGCAUCGUCGAAACCUUCCACGAUGUCUCGGGAUGGGAUAUUAAGGGGGAUAUUUUGGAUAAGGCGGGAAAGACAGCGGCUGUUAAUAAUGUAGAGAUGGAAGGGUCGUGCGGGGGAGGGAACUGGGAGUGA